CUACACCCAUUCCUCUGAACAACUUGACUAUCCAUUUCGUCCCAAUCAUCCUCCUCAUCGUUAUCGUCUUCAACCUCACCCUCCAAGUUCCUAACCCUUCCACUCCCACUUGUCUCUGUUGGAUGCGAUUGCCUUCCCUCAGAGACUAAGUGAUUUGCGCUUUGGCUUUGGGUUACUAGAGAUGUCAGCUUCAAUGAGCCACGACAUUCACGCUCAAGUUCUUUCUUCGAUGGAAGAAGAGACCAAGCUGGCCCAGAAUCAGGGCAUCCUCACCAUUUUGGGCUCUGAGAGCGUAAGAAACGAAGCUCCUUCAUCUUCUCUGCGUCUGCGACGAACUCUAUCGGCAGACAUGUCCUCCAAGAAAUGGCUCUCUCGAAAUGGAUUCACUCCAAUGAAAAGGAUUGCUUCUUCUGAAAAUCUCACACUGUCCAAAAUCAUCCCUGAUUCAUUCUCCUCCUCCGAAGGAGAUGACAACUGCGAACAAGAAAACAAAAGGCCUGGAUCUGAAGACGAACAGCCAGGACAAUCCGAUAUUUGGGCCUCAAUCCAACGAGACAAAAACAAAGACCAUGAACAACGAGAACAAUUUGACAUUUGGAGCUCAAUCCUAUCCCAGAAGGCCAACGAGGACUCCUCCAAGUCACUCCCACCUCCUUAUGUCCACCCACUUGUCAAGAGAUCACAAAGCUCCCUGUCUGAAAAGAGCCUCGAAAUCUGCACCGAGAGUCUCGGAUCCGAAACAGGAUUCGAUCUUCCAUCCUCCGACCCACCUUCUGAGACUGGAGAUUCAGAAGAGGACAGGGAAGAAGAACGCGAGCAGAAAGUAACAGGGGAAGCAGAGGAAGACAACUUCGAAGUGCCAAGAUACAACUAUACUGCUAACAGCAAGAAGUCGUCUCCACGUUCUUUCCCUCCUCCACUGCCUUCACUUUCUCGUUCAGAUGGUCCUUCACUUCACAUGCGUUCCCACCGUGACGAUGGAAGGCUAGUACUCGAAGCCAUGUCCGUUCCUUCUCAGAACAACUUCUCUGCUCAACGCCAAGAUGGUCGGCUCGUCCUCACCUUUGCUAACCAAGAGCCCAACGAGGAAGAUGCUGUGGAAAUGAUAGAAGAAGAAGCAGAGGAAGAUGAAAUGGAGGAGGAGCUCGCGGGUAUUGAGGAAGAUGAUGAAACAGAGAAAGAGAAGGUUGGAGAAAUUGAAACUAUGGGAGAUCAAACAACCAUGUUGUCAAGGGGGGUCACAAGGUUAACAUGGAUGAUGAAUAAGCCAGCUGAAUUGGCAAAUAGUAAUCCAAAUUGGUCAGAGAAGCUGAACGAUGUAGUGAAGGUGGAGGAUGUGCCAAGGAUGGCUCGUUUUAUUUCCUCAGGUUCAGCUAUCGGAUCCAGUACUUCAUUCAACGUUUAUGAAUACUCCUGGCGAACCAAUCCCACACCAAACUCAAACCCACUUUCUUUCCAACAAGACUAUAACACUUCCUCCAUCGUGAAGAACAGCAAUAACGGCAAGUUCAUCGUGUCCGGGGACAUGAAUCAGAUCUCAAAUGAGAAGCAACAAUUGGUGGUUCUGAGAGGGAAGAAUGGGGAUUAUUUGGUUCAUAAUCUCAAGGGUUGCAAGGAGUCUAGAAGGUCCUUCCUGCUCUGGGAGCCUUAUUGCAUUGCCACUUAGAUUCCUGAGUCUUCCAGUCUCAGCUCUUUGCCCGCCCCAUUACUGUUCCAAAUUAAACUCCAUUUUACUUAAAUCAUUAGUUAUUUACUCGUCUCUCCACCCACCUCCACUCUUGGGGGAGCUUGUGUCCAAUAAAGUUGUUAGGAAUUAGGAGAAGUGAGGGAGAAGGAUAUAGUGAAUGAUAGCAACUUAUUUUCAUGUUCAGUGACAUGACUUCAACGCUGUCAUACUCACCCACACACACAUAUAUAUAAUAUUUAUAUUUAUUCGUGUCUGCUCUAUGUAUAAGCUGUUUGUUCGUACGUGUGUGUCUAAGAGAAUUUUGGGCACUUGAUUGUCU